UCACCAGUCCUAGGAGAAGUCAUGCAUUUGAGUGCUUACUCUGUAAACAGCGCCUAAGUGGCAGUGCUGGAACUGGAACCCAAGCUGCUUGGCUCCAGAACCAUGGGUCUUAAUCUGUGUCAUACUGUUUUCUGAGUCCAGAGGGCCCGUGAGAGCUGACAGGAAGGAAAAGAAAAGAAACAUUGUUUCUUCUGCCAGAACACUGUUCACCAGGCCUUGGCCUCUCCUUCCCUCCUACUGUCUUCUCAGUAUCAAUGCCAUGUCCUCAAGGAGGCCUUUCCUGGUCUCCGGACCUGAGUUAUGGCCCCCUUAUUCUUUCACUUUUUGUUAUCCUUUAAGGUACUCAUCAGAAUAUUUCAUUAUUUAUUUGCAUGUUUUCUGGUUUUAAUGACAAUUCCUCACUAGACUAUUCUCUCAGUGAGUGCAGGACUGGUUCAGCCCUUAAUCCCCAGUGGAGAGCCUGGUAGGUAGUAGGUAUUUCAUAGAUAACAGCUGGAAGGUAAGUUCACAGAAUGUAAUGACAGGUCAGAUGGGAUAAAGGAGCGGGGAGAAUGCUGCAGGGAUUCCCACCUGAGUGAUGCUAUCCCUAUAUAAGAAGUUAGGAGUGGGGCUGGGAUGAUUCAGUGGACUGGGGAUGUGUUUGAGAGCUUGAGUGCUUUUGGAGGGGGCGCCUUGAAGAAGGCAGUCUUCUACUGGCAAGCCCUUCCUGACUCCCUCCCCAUUGCAGCCUGGGUGAGGGGCUGGCCUCAGCCCCCUGGGCAGACCGCUGCCAUCAGUCAUCUCCUGCUUAUGCCCCUGGGGGUUGCCUGUUCCCUGGCCUGGGAAGCUCAGUGGGUUCUGGAACAGUGCUGCAGGGCUCAUCUCUGGAUCAUAGGGCUCCCAGGGGUGUGUAUGUGGUCAGUCGGGCUCAAUAAAUGCCAGUAGAAGAAAAGAGGGAAGGAAGAACUCAGGAGGGAAGCUGGGAUGGGGAGCAGAUCUGGGAAGUGGAGUGGAAAUAGAGGGCCAAGGUUGGAGCCGCCGGGCCCUAGAGACAAGGUGGACAGAGGAAUGCUCCAGCACCCUCGGGAGGCCAGGCACAGAGCUAAGUGCUUUAUUCACCUAACUGCAUUUCAUCUUUGUGGCAACACUGAAGCAGUCAUUAUUAUUCCUAUUUUGUUAGGAAAACGGAGGCCCAGAGAGGUGACGUGAUUUGCCCAAGGUCACACAGCGAGUGAGCAGUGAAGCUGGGUUUGACCCAGGGCCAUCAGUCCCCAAGCCUGCACUCUUGCCACUUCACUCCUGCCUCUCGCCUCUGCUCUGCGCUUCCCUCCCCCUUCUCCCCUCCCUCCGCUUGCUCUGCCGCCCCGCCCCACCCCUCUCCUCCCCUCCUCUUCCCUCCCUUCUUUCCCUCCUUCCCUACCUCUCGGCGGCGGAGCCACGUGGUGGGGCCGGGAAGCCGCGGCCGCCGAGCGCCCGGGCGGCUGCCCCUGCUGGGCAGUGCUGCUCUGCGCUGCGCCGCUCUUGGUGCCUGCGCUCCCCGCUCCGCGCUCCCCGCCAGCCGCCCCGGGGCGGGAGACGCGCCUGGCGGCCGGCCGGCCAGACAAAGGAGGCGCGGCAGAGCCGGCGCGCGGGCGGACUGACCAUGGACUCCGAGCGCGAGCAGCCGGCCGCAGCCCUGAGGACCCGGCGCUCCCGGGCCCGGCCCUAGGCGCCCGGCCCCGCCGCCCGGGGCGCCCAGCUGGGAGGACGCGGAGCCCGCGCGGCGCGGAGGAGGCGGCGGCCGCCGAGCUAGAGGGGCGCCGCGGCGAACGGCGCGCGCGGCCCCCAGAGCCAUGGGCAAGUGCAGCGGGCGCUGCACGCUGGUCGCCUUCUGCUGCCUGCAGCUGGUGGCUGCGUUGGAGCGGCAGAUCUUUGACUUCCUGGGCUACCAGUGGGCUCCUAUCCUAGCCAACUUCCUGCACAUCAUGGCAGUUAUCCUGGGCAUCUUUGGUACCGUGCAGUACCGCUCCCGGUACCUCAUUCUGUAUGCAGCCUGGCUGGUGCUUUGGGUUGGCUGGAAUGCGUUUAUCAUCUGCUUCUACUUGGAGGUCGGACAGCUGUCCCAGGACCGGGACUUCAUCAUGACCUUCAACACAUCCCUGCACCGCUCCUGGUGGAUGGAGAACGGGCCAGGCUGCCUGGUGACACCUGUCCUGAACUCCCGCCUGGCCCUGGAGGACCACCAUGUCAUCUCGGUCACCGGCUGCCUGCUUGACUAUCCCUACAUUGAAGCACUCAGCAGUGCCCUGCAGAUCUUCCUGGCUUUGAUUUCAUCGGCGGUUUUGACUCCUAUGGAUACCAGGCGCCGCAGAAGACGUCGCAUUUACAACUGCAGCCUCUGUACACGGCGGGGUAGUAGCUUCUGCCCCACGACCACCCCCGCGGCUAGACAGACCGCCGCAGCCGCGAGCUCUGGCCAAGAUGGCAGGCGUGCCCCCUGGCGGCUCGCUGACCGGACUGCAGCCUGGGUCGGCUUGACAUGGGUCCGAAGCAGACAUGGACUUGGCGCUUAGCCGCCUGGACUUAAGGGGUGGGGCGGGGGUGGGGCGGGGGAGGGGGUUCGCGGGGUUUGUAUUUUUUUAUCUCCACCUUGGCGUGUGCCAGAGCCUCCCGCCCUUCUCCAGCCUCUCCCUUUCACCCUUCUUCACCCAGCAUCCUGUCCCCUGUCCAGAGAGAAAGGACAGGACAGACAGACUCACCCCCAUCUCACCACAUUCAUUCACCAGCCCUGGGGAAAGUUACCCUGAACUAGAAGCAGGAGUUCUGGGUUCUAAUCGCAGCUCCAUCACUAACUCUCUAUGUGACAUCUGGCAAAGCCCUUACCCUCUCUGGGCCUCAGUUUCCGACCUCAAAUAAUUAAAAUAAUCCCUUCGUAAAUGGAGCUCUUUCUAGCCUUUUCACUUGACUCUCAAUUCCCUGGACUAUACUGGGAUUUUACAUAAUCCCCAUUUUGCAGAUACGGAAACUGAGGCCCAGAGAUGUAAAGCAAUUUGCUUGAGGCCACACAGCUGGGCUUUUGGUGGCGGCAGGCCUUGAAUAUGAUCUGUAGUUUCAGACUCCAAAACCCAUCUCCAAGCCCCCUUCCAGCUUGGACACUCUAGAACCCAUGUGAUAUACACCACACUCACAUACCACCACCACCACUUGCUAACUCCUCUCUUAAAGCAAUAUAUUCGUUCUCUUGUUGGGAACAGGAUGGACGGAUCCCAGAGCCCUGAAUUCAGCCUGACCCACAGGGAAGCCUUCUUAGACUCGGCCUCUGUCCACCCUUGGCAAAGCUUUCAAGCUCUCUCUAGCAAAGGGGGGACACGACUCAGUCGCCCCACCCCCUUCCACGUCCCUGAGCCUGCUGCACCCACGAUCCCCCACCCUUUCAGCAACUCUGCCAACCCCUGGUGGCUCCAUCCACCUCACCAGUUGGAAGACCUGUGGUUCCGGAGUGGAAAAGGGCUCACCUGUGCUGCCUGGUCAAUAGUGUUCAAAGAUCACCAGUGUUGAUGAUCAUGCCGGUGUCCAGAAGCAACCUCUAACAAAUCCAGAAGUUGUUCUGAAGAGGCAGAAUGGGGGUGGGGGUCAUGGUGGGGGGUCUGGAGGGCCAGCACCCUUCCUUAAGAGCAAGUAGAGAUGAGGGCCCAUUCUCCUCGCCUCCCUCCACAGACCGCUCUGAGGACCCUGCAUCCUGUGCGCUGACUGGUGAAUCUCAGGGCAGGAGGAUCAGGCCUCAGCUUCCAGUUUGUGAAGUAGGAGUGGUCCUGGCUUAGGAAGGAGGGUGGGAGGCACGGGGGAACCAGAUGGAAAUACAGACGGUUGCACACCUGAGCCCAUCCAUGGGGACCAUUCCUUGCUCUCCACCCUCUGAUCUAGCAUUCCCUCCCAUCUAAGGCCAAAAUAUCCUGAACUUGGACCCCACCCUACUAUCCCAUCUGCAGGUCUGUGCCAAAGAGCCUAACCCAGGAGUCCCUCUGGUCACUACAGGGCCCAAGGUCCCAAAUGGUGAGCCUGGUUAGCUAUGGGUACAGCUCAGGAGGGCAACAGUUCCCUUCAGGCCUGGCUGCUGCUCUGCUCCUGGACCAAGUCCUGCCUCCAGCCCUCUCUUCUCAGAGCCACCCCCAGCCAGCUGUCAUCUCACCCCCAAGCCCCUUUCUAUUCAACGACUUGAGCCACUGGUGCUUUGAAGCCUUUUGUUUUUGUAAGAUGGUUUUUUCAAGGAGACUGUUUUCUUCUCACUGGGACGUUGCAAGGCAGGGAGUGUUGCCCUGGUUUCUGUGCAGGUGGGUUGAUUAAAGAUGGUGUUUUCCAACUUCCCUGGUGGUGCAGUGGUUAAGAAUCCGCCUGCCAACGCAGGGGACAUGGGUUCGAGCCCUGGUCCGGGAAGAUCCCACAUGCCACGGAGCAAC